GCAGGUCCUGUCCGUUUAAACCGAGAAGACACCCAUACCAAGUCCUCAAUGCAAAAAAAAUAAUAAAUAAAAGGGUGCCAAGAAGCUGGGACGGAGGAACGUGGGUGUAAAUAGACAGUGAACGCUGCUCUCUCUCUCUCUCUCUCUCCUGCUCUCUCCUGUUUUUUCUCUCUCUCUCCCCCCUCUUCUUUCCUCUCUUUCUUUCUCUCUUUUAUGAAAUCAAUGAACGAGUUAUUGGGUAAGACAUAAAUACAAGGAAUCAAAGCCUCCAUCGGGACCAACUGGCACUGCGCGCUUUUUUUUAUUUUUGAUAUGAGUCUUCGCCGCACGCUACAUGUGUUUUCCAAUCAUUGUAAAUACUGGCUUUGAUAGGACGAGAGCGGACCCUCUCUGGCACGACUUGGUCUCGGAACCCAAAUUUUCUUUUUUUUUUUCUUUUUCUUUUUUUUAUAUUAUUAUUUUUUCUUUUUCCUCUUCUUCUUCAUCAAAAAAGAGAGAAAACGAUUCCCCGCCCGUCGCCGUCUGCCGCCGUCGUCCUGUACCUCUACCCAACUCUCACCGCGGCAGGUCCGAAGAUGGCAACUUUAACCAACGGGCAGGUGGACGGCGCGGUGCACGGUGUCGUGUCCGCCAGCACGAACGGGCUCGUGAACGGAUUAAGCCACAGCCCGGCGGGAUGCCCGGCCACCAUACCCAUGAAGGACCACGAUGCCAUCAAACUCUUCAUCGGCCAGAUCCCCCGCAACCUGGACGAGAAGGACCUCCGGCCCCUCUUCGAGGAGUUCGGCAAGAUUUACGAGCUCACUGUGUUGAAGGACCGCUUCACGGGCAUGCACAAAGGCUGUGCCUUCCUCACCUACUGUGCCAGAGAGUCAGCCCUGAAAGCCCAGAACGCAUUGCAUGAGCAGAAGACCCUGCCAGGAAUGAACAGACCAAUCCAGGUGAAGCCAGCAGACAGUGAGAGUCGAGGAGAAGACAGAAAGCUCUUUGUGGGCAUGCUUAACAAGCAGCAGUCAGAAGAUGACGUGCGGCGCCUCUUUGAGUCCUUCGGCUGCAUCGAGGAGUGCACCAUCCUCCGAGGUCCCGACGGAAACAGCAAAGGUUGUGCGUUUGUAAAAUACUCGUCUCACGCUGAAGCUCAGGCAGCCAUCGGUGCACUACACGGCAGCCAGACGAUGCCUGGUGCCUCGUCCAGUCUGGUGGUAAAGUUCGCUGACACGGAUAAGGAGCGCACCAUCCGCCGCAUGCAGCAGAUGGCCGGUCAGAUGGGCAUCUUCAACCCCAUGGCCCUGCAGUUUGGAGCCUACGGAGCCUACGCUCAGGUGCAGCAGCAGGCGGCGUUGAUGGCGUCUGUAGGACAGGGGGGCUACCUCAGUCCUAUGGCGGCCUUCGCAGCAGCCCAGAUGCAGCACAUGGCCACCAUCAAUGGCCUCCCCGGAGCACCGCUGACCCCCACGUCAGGUGGCAGCACUCCCCCGGGCAUUAGCGCCCCCACAGUGACCAGCAUCCCCUCCCCCAUUAGCGUUAAUGGUUUUACUGGCAUGCCGCCGCCCCAGGCGAACGGGCAGCCGCCGGCAGAAGCUGUCUUCACCAACGGGAUCCACCAUUACCCGGUGUUGCAGGAGGUGGUUUUUAGGGAGGACUCAGAGAAAAACGGCUUGGGCGUGGCUCCGCGGAGUUGUUUUGGGGUUCAGGGUGGCUGCUUCCUCUCCUCUCUCUCUGAAGCAGCUCAGAGUCCCACUGCGGCCGACCCUCUCCAGCAGGCUUACACAGGAGUCCAGCAGUACGCAGCAGCCUACCCCGCCGCAUACGGUCAGAUCAGCCAAGCCUUCCCCCAUCCUCCACCCAUCAUUCCACAGCAGCAACGAGAAGGACCAGAGGGGUGCAACCUGUUCAUCUACCACCUCCCUCAGGAGUUUGGGGAUGGAGAGCUGAUGCAGAUGUUCCUGCCUUUCGGUAAUGUCAUCUCCUCCAAAGUCUUUGUGGAUCGGGCGACAAACCAAAGUAAAUGCUUUGGGUUUGUGAGCUUUGACAACCCAGGUAGUGCCCAGGCUGCCAUCCAGUCCAUGAACGGCUUCCAGAUUGGCAUGAAGAGACUGAAGGUCCAGCUCAAGAGGCCAAAGGACGCCAACCGCCCCUACUAGCCCCUUCUCCCCUGCCCCAGCCGGCCGCCGCCGUCAACAGGAAGAGACAGGAUUUGUUGAGCUGAAUAAUAUGUUGACCACUUUGCUACCCACCGCUGAGCGCAAACUCAGCUUCUGGACCACAAAGUCUGCUUCAGAAAAAGAGAGAAGAGAGAGCGAGCAUUGACCUUUUGAACUGAGAGAGCGUUUUCUGGUUAGCACCAGGACUUCUUUUCCUCCUGCACACAUAUAUACAGCUCCUCCACCUUAAAAAAAAAAGAAAAAAAAGAAAGAAACCUGCUUAAAUGACAGCUACCUUUUUCUGGACCACAGACACUUUUACUUGAACGCUGAGAGGGGAAAAAAAGUAAAAGAUCCUCCGUAAAAUCUACUAAUAAUGACCAACUCCACUAAACUCUCCAAGGGGACGUGGACGCCAAAAGUCCAACAGGAAAAACAAACUUCUUAAAAACUGAACAGCGGAUUGCCGCAGGAGAUCCUUCUGAGAGACGGUUUCGGAGGGUGUCUGUUUUUUUUGGACAGCUGACUUUUGAAGGCCAAUUUCUAAGACUUCAAGCCACCAGGAGCAAAUUGAGAGAGAAAGAGAGCCGAGGUAGGGAAUGUGACAUUUUCGGGACAGAUUUUGGGAUGGCCACCUUCAGCUCGGAGUGCCUGUCCGUUUCCAGGGAACACUGUUGCCGAGGAGAGCCGCAGCAACGGACUCCAGGGAGUAUUAUCCGUCAUUCCUUAGUUGUUUUAGGGACCAAAAGACCAAACGUUUUUAUCGCUGAGGACUUGUAGCUCUAAUAUACUCGGACCACCGCAUCUCCUUUCGGGUCAGCGUCGCCUGCCUGGAGAGUUGCACUUAAAGCAAGUGUACAUUUCGAAUAUAUACAAAACCUGUAUAUAUACAUAUAUAUAUUGCUGAUAUGCUUUUUUUGAAUACAGGCAGAACUAUUUCAGACGACCAAAAGGGGUCUCUCACUUCGCUAGUUUACAAUUACGCAAAAUGUUUAUUUUUGUUCCCCUUUUCGUUUUUGUCUCGGGAGGGAUGGCGAGUGCAUGGGAGGGGCUGCUCCGUAUCACAGCCUUAUCUUUUUUAAAAUCGACAUCCUAACCUCACAGAUAAAAUAACAUCCGAAACGUUUGAAAUAUACGAACUUGUUUAUAUUUGCAGUACAUAUAUAUGUAUAACGAGCAUUCAAGCAAAUGUAUUCAUAUAUAUACGGUAUAUAUGGAUAAUAGAUAUUAAUCACAAAUAUAUGUAUUUAUAUGCACAUAUUUUAUAUAUGUGCGACUGUACAUAGAGCGGCUACUGACUACGUUGAGCUGUUAUUUAUUUUAUUUUAUUUUUUGUAGAUUUUAGGAGUUUGAAGCAUUGCUCUGCUUGGGAAGAGAACCACACAUCUGGCAGCUCCCCCAAAACUGCAGGCAUUCCUAUCUCUGAUAACCUAUAUGCUGACACACGACAUGUUGCUAAAAAAAAGAAAAAGAAGAAAGAUUAGCGCGUGUGAGAAAACGUAUCUUCUGUAAAUAUUAUCUGAAAAAUGCAAAAAGCCACCUCUCAGUAGCAGGCUUUAAGGGAAUCGGGCUAAAGAGGAUUUUCUUUAGAGGAAAAGGACAAUUAUCUUCGACUCUAUUUCAAAACAUAUCAUGUGAGCUCACACACACACACACGCACACGCGCAUACACAAACUUCUCUUUGAAACUUGAACCAAAACGAAUACGUCUCACAACCCUAGCUCUCUUUUUGCAUUCAGUAAAGUGCAUGUAGCGUAUGGGCUGUCACCACGUCGAGGUGUGCCUUGUCACCUGCAGAAUCUGCCAUUCAGCACUGUGCUCCCACAUUGAAGAAAAAAAAAAAACAGACACAAAGAAACCUGAACACACACUUCUGCAAGCAGCCAAUGCGCUAUUAUGAUGUCAAAAAAAACAAACCCAGGUGGAUCCAUAUAAUUUCUCAGCCAUGUGGAGAGCUUUAGCGCACGUCAAACGGAGCAAAUCGUCCCAUCGCUGCUGCGUCCACCGGUCUUUGGAAAGAAAACGACACAAAAAAACAAGCAUUCAGAACUUAAAGCAGACACACUCUAUGAAACGUGGGCAUUAGGUGACCUGUCGGCACAUAAACUCCUGUAAACUGCCUUCCUUCCUCUGGUCGAAGCUGGAGCAAACGAGAGGCGUGGCUGAAUGAGGGAAGUGACCGAGCGGUAUUUACAGCUAUGACGUUAUUGUAAUGUUGGUCAAGACGUUGGGAAUGUGGUGACAUGUGGCGGUUUGUGAGCAAAACUCUGCUGGUGACACGAAGCAUUUGCUUUAAAGAUACGUCAGAUCGCCUCAUCACGUGUCCCCUUCCAAAUGAAUACAAAACCACUGCGUGACAGAAAGCCCUGGCAAAGAUGCGUAAACAAAGCCUUAAAAUAAUGGAGACAUCGUGACCCGUAAUCUCCCACACUCUGCUGCAAUUGUCCACCAGUAAACUUUUGAGACUUUUUGCUUUGUUUCCUCCCUAGCCGUGCUGCUCUUUGUGCAUGUUGGCAAGAUGCAGGUGAAUCGCAACAGAUUAUAAUGUCUUUGAAAAGUUAAUAUUUGGUUCAUAAAGUCAACCUGACAGAUAUUCCUGUGUUCAGAAACAUCAUUCUGAACACAGAGUGAUGUUUCAGGGGUUAAUUUAGCUAACUAUGUCCAACAGCAACUGAAACCCCAAAAUUAGGGUUUUUUUUCAGAAACAUAAAACGACGAGAAAAAUGUUUUUGAAACGUGUAAGUUUACGCUACGGCCUGUGAAAUCAUGGGGUAGACUGCAGAACCUCUUCACUGUUGGACAUAUGAUUAUUUAAAAUGCACAAAUACAAACACAGAGAGUAAUGCAAACCAACAAAAUCCACCAACAUCAAUUUGCUUACAGAGUAGAAAAAAUUAAAGUUUACAAAUGUAUGAGUAUUUUUUUUAAACAAAUUAAUGACCCAAAGACAUUUUUCACUGAUAUUCCGAUUUAAUGCGAUGCACCUGUUCGGUUUUGGUUCUCCUCCUCUAGGUCGUACCUCCAGUCGUCGUUUAAGACUUUUAAACUACUUUUCUUGUAAAUAUAUACAUGUGCAUGUUUACGCGGGCAGAUCUCUUUUUUUCUUUCCGGACAUUUCCGAAAUUGUGAAGACGAACAGACACCUGCCCUUCUUGAAUGACAUAUUUUCUUGUAUCCGUCCCAUUUUGCAGCGUUUAUAAGAAAAACGAACCAUCUCACACAUUCUUCCCACCCCGAGAGCAGCAGGGAGCUCUGGAUUGAAAGUCCCUGCACCCACAAAAGUAAAUGGAAAUUGCUUCAAUUACAUUUACAUUUGCAGGAAUCAUAAAGGGUGUUAAUAUUUAUGUCACUUUAUUUUCCCCUUAGGAAAUAAAUGUACUCAAAUUAAAGAUUUAUUUUUUCCUGAAUUUUUCAGCUAGAGAUUAUAGUACUGCGAUAAAAAAAAAUAAAAAUAAAGUAUUUUAUUGCUUUCUACACAUCUUUACCAGGGGCAGCAGUUGGACCGGUGCUGGUCUCCUAAAGCCGUACUGAAUCUGCUCAAUGAAGCAAAUCCUUCCACUCGGUGCAGCUGCAGUUCCACUUCAUGGUUCUUCAGCAUAAAGUUUCCUACAGCAUUUUACAGAAAAAUGCUGUAAACACCUACUAUACACUUCCAAAAGGUCAACAGACGUGGAUUUAUUGGACUCCCCUCAACGGAGUAUACUUAAUGAAUAUUUAUAGAUAUGCAUAUUUAUAAGGCUAUAUGACACUUUUGGAUGACGAUGCUUUCUUUCCGUUAGGUGUCAUUACUAGUUUUGGUAUGAAAUGUUCACUAUGCCGGUAUCCCGGCGUUUGCGUCUUGCCUUUUUCUUUUUCUUUCUUUCUUUUAGCUGUUUGAAUAAUUUGACAUUUACCUUUAAAAUCCAGCGAGAAUGAAAAAAAAAAAAAACCCGCGCCACACAUUCUGGGUCCUUUUCUUUUGUUUUUGCGCUGCGCCUAAUUUACUAUUUACUAUUUACGUGUCAGUCAGAGGAACCCAGGUGACCAACAUGAUCGGGUGCAUUAGAAUAAACUCCAGCGAGAGCAUCAAGAAAAACGCGGCUCGCCGCUGCGCUGUCUGUCACUUUUUGACCGCCCCACUGCUGCACCGAGAAAACUUCACAGAGAGAGAGAGAGACGCGUUCACGGAGCUCGUCUGAGCAAUCCUGCACGUCUUGUUUAGCCGCGCUUUCACGUUGAGGGACGCAGGAAGAGAUGACGCAGUCACGUGACGCAUUCGUCAUCUUCUCUGAAUCAAAGCUGCAAGUUUACAGGCUGGGAUAAGAAAAUAAAAUAAAUGAAUUCAAACAAAACAAACUUGGUUCCACAACAAGAAACAGAGCAGAAGUUUGAAUAUAAAUAUAUAUAAAUAUAUACAUAAACCGAUGAAUAUACUGUAAAUUAUUUCUUUUUUUUUGCUCCGUUUUCUUCUGUACAUAGGUUUGCAUAUUUUAUAGGACUUUUACUUCUAUCUACAAGGACUGGAUAAAGUACUUUAAAUACUUUAAAUAAAUAUAUAUAAAUAUAAAUAUAUGAAUGAAAACAAGAUAAUGCUCAUUAAAACCAGGUACAAAAAGAAAAGGUUAAAAAAUAAAAAAUUAAAAAAAACAGUUGCUAGGUUACAGUGAAAACUGUAGGACUUGACCAAGGCAUUUAUCCAGAAUACAGUCAGGGAGAGCAUUGACCUCAGUUAGAGCUUAGACACACGUUGACCUAUUUUAUAAAAAACUAAACAUUUUAAAAAAAACUUCAGCGGGUUCUCUUCAUUUAUUUGUUUAGAUAUUUGUUUAGAAGUCAUGUCUGAGAUGAUAUGCAUGCUUUCACAGCAUUAUUUUUCUAUGAGUUGGUACGUGACCAAAUCUUUUUUUAUAUGACAUGCACGGGCCACCGUCGUGGUCCGCAGAUGAAUCCUUGUUCCUGCCUUCAGCACCUCUUUGGUGACGGAGAAGAAAAAUGUUUAAAAAGAAAAAAAGAAAAAGAAAAAAAAGGAGCUCCUAUUGACCAAGUGAUGUCAGAGACAGAUUUUAAUUAUUUAUUUAUCUUAUUUAUUUAAUUUAUUGCGUUUUAUUUAUUUAUUUGCGCUGUUUGAGUCAAGAUCCGAGCUCUGCCGUCGCCACUAAUCCUCGAAGGCGCUAAUUUGCAUCCCUCUGAAUUUAACUUCCUCAAAGACCGAUUGUUGUUUUUUUUUUUUCUUCCUGUCACUAGUGAACUCUCAAUGACAAUGCAGUAUUACACUAAAGCCUUAUACAUACUGUAACAAUAGAUCCAUGCCGUUAUGAAAAGGACUCGUUGUAGUUAGGAUUAAAAAGAAGAAAAUUAGUCCCCUCUCAGCAGUAAUUACAAUUUGCUUCUGUCAUAAAAGCUUUAAACGUGUGGAAAAAGAGGUAGUUGUCUAGUUGGACAUUUGAUCAAAGCAAGGUCAUUUACCUGGUGCCGAUACGUAUUGCAAUCAGAACGAAUGGUUAAGUUGUCCAUCGUUGAUUACUGGUUUAUUUUCCAUUGUGUACUCCAAUAUUUGACAGAGCUCUGAUCUUGUUCAACCCAUGUUUUCUGCCAAACAAAAUUCAAUGAUGACUGCACUAUUUCAUCAACAACAACAAAAAAAUGAGGAAAACUCUGAAUUUAUUUAUUUUCUUCGGCUAUUACCAAUGUGAUUCUUUUUUUGGUUGUUUUUCUCUAAGGCUCAGUAGUGUUGCUAGAAUCACAUUUUACAUCAUGUGGUUUUCAAAGUGAUCUGGAAAUCUACUGUAUUUCCCAAAUUUCAGCACAGAUGGAGGGCUGGGAAAAUGAAUGUUGCAUAUUAAAGCUUUGCCAGGUUCCUAGUGAGCUAAGCUUCUGAUUGGGCAGUGCGCUUUAGGCUCCCACCCCUGCCCCUCCCCCCGUCUCUCCAGACUGCACCAGUCUCCGGUCCCCUGGACUCCUCUUUUUGUAAUUUUAAAUGAAUGAUGCGUCUCAGCUUAGCCCAAUAAUAAAGCACAGUCUAGAAUAUCA